UCCUUCUCUCUACUUUCUUCCUCACCAAAUUCGGAUCAAACAAAUUCGUUAAAUAAUCUCAGAAAACACAAGGUUAACGGGAUCGAAGGGAUUAAAACGAAAACGUUCCGAUCCUGUGGCCAGGUCUCGGUGCUAAUCGUGUGUUUUUUUUGGGGGGUGGGAUUUUGUGAUCUGUUGUUAGGGUUUCGGAUCUGGAGGAUUAGUUAUCCCAAGUUCCGAGUCAGACCAUGAAUGAGCAGCUGAUGCGACCACCGGCGCCGCUGCCGUUCCACCAGAUGUGGGCGGCGGUGCCGGCGAUGGAGCCUCCUUUCAAGCCGGUGCGGGCGGCGUGGAAGCGGGCGGCGCGGACGCCCUGGAAGCGCAAGGCCCAGCCUCCGGCGUCGGGCGGCGCGAGGUGGGGCGGUGCGGCGGCCCCGCGCAACACGACGUCGUUCCUGAUCCGCGCGAAGCGGGCGGGUGGCGUGGCGUCGCUGGUGUCCCCGUGCCCCGUGACGCCGGCGGUGCUCCCGACGCCCGUGCUGUCGCCGGCGCGGGAGGUGCUGGUGGAGAUGGCCAAGGAGGCGUGGGGCGUGGACGGGUACGGGUCCAUGAAGGGCCUCAUCCGCCUGCGCGCCGACGCCCGGGACGCGGCCGGCGACGACUCGGGCUCCGGCGAGAGCGACGUGGAGGGGCACGUCGAGGUGGAGCGCCGCCUGGACCACGACCUCAGCCGCUUCGAGAUGGUCCACCUCCCGGCCGCGGCCGCCCUGGGCGGCGGGGACGAGGACGACGAGGACGAGGAGGCGCGCACCGCGAGGCUGGAGGAGGAGAACCUGGCCCUCCGGGACCGCCUCUUCCUGAUGGAGCGCGACAUGGCCGACCUCCGCCGCCGGCUCCUAGCCGUCGAGGAGCUCUGCCGAGACCGCCACAGCGACGGCGGCUGCGUGGUGGACGCCACCGCCGCCGACGAGGCCGCUCGCUCCGAGAGCGCUGCCGCCGUCGUAUCCCCCGGCGCCUGCGCCUGCGAGGAGGCGGACGCCAUGGAGAAGUGAAGCAUAUACAGUACCUUCUACCUGACCAGACAAGGCCCUCCCGGCCGUACUGAAACUGUACAUACGGUUUCCGUUUCUUCCCUGUGCAGAUGUCGCUGUGGAGAGUAGUAGGAAGAAGCGGCACCUUUGAAAGCCUUUUAGAGUUACUCUUCGUUGCAUCUUGUUAGCUUUGAUUUCGUUUCAUGUUCUUGUAGAAAAGGAUCAUCAGUCAGGAAAAGGCCGUGGGCGACGAUGGAAUGUGAGGGGGAGGAACACGAGAUCCUGGUGUCCUCCUGCUCGUCCAGAUCUUCAACCACCAGCUAACCAUCCUUUUUUUUAGUGUAGCCAGUAAUUGUUAUUCCGACGUUCUUUGUUUUGUAAUACUACUAAUAUCUGUUGUGAUAUUCUGUGCUGUGAUUGUUCGGUGAUUGGGUAGGGCAGCCUCGCAGGACUGGAACCAUGUCUGCAUCUGAUCGACGGGACAGCCCCCGUGUUGGGUUGGGUGUGUUCAAAAUGCUGCCGUUGCGGCUUGGGUGGUUAUGGAUGCCUUCAAUGCCGUCCGGUUGGAUUUGCUUGCUACUAGUGGUAAAAGUAGUGCCGUGCAGACUGGGCUGGCUCUCGCAACUAGGCAGGCACCGGAUGGCUUUGGCCUCUGGGCGACGAGCAGCGGAGAAGCGGUACACACUGUACAGUAUGGCCGUGGCAAAGCGAGGGGGUAGGGAGAAUAGCAUCGAGAAAGCUGUGAAAGCUUCCAUAGAGGAGAACCUUUGAGUAUUCGUUCGGGCUUUCUAUUCUAUUUGUUUUCCUCGCCCUUCUCUCACAGCUACUUGCCUCUGUUAAUUUUUGGCGCCCAUAUUACCAACUUUGUUUGUUUUUAUUUAUUUUUAUAGGACUUCCGUGCUGUUCGGUUGGUCCUGGUCAGAACUCGGAAACAGCCCCAAAACGACUUGACUGGUCCGGCAGCGACUGGCGUGCAAACGCCUGGGCGCUCAUGCACACGGCCAGCGCUGAGCGCUCGAUUACCAUCCAAGU